GAGGAAGCCAAGUUGGAAACACCGCGGAGUGAAACUCGCUCUUAUUGAAAGCUGAGCUGGUCCGGUGGUCGGCGGCUCGGGUAGCAGGCAGCCAACAGCAACACACGCCAGGUUGUAAUGAGUCACGGUAGCCCGAAUUUUCACCAACCACCCCCAAGUAAGCCACUGGAAAGUUUAAACCUUGCUUCAAACUUUCGGCGGGGUUACUCUGUAAAAACUCGUUAAGAAACCUCUUUGCGGCUAGCCUGUUAACCGAAGCGUCGGUCCCACAUGGGUCUGCUUUUUUCUCGUUAAACCAGGUGAGCAGACCGUCUGUUUCCUCGGCGAGAGUUGCGCAGGCAACAAGGUUAGUUUACCUGUACGCCCACGGUGACACACGGAUCUUUUUGACCUUACCCUUUCGCUCUUCGGCUCUAUCGUUGCCGCUGGAGAACGUUACCGGGGGACCCUCUGAGCUGAGCACCAGGAUGGUCAUGGACAUACCGGGAGGGAGCGAGACCCGGCGGACAGAAGGAAGGAGAAGAACCCCACUGAAUGUGUUGUACACCGUUGGCUUUAUCUGGCUCCAAGUUCUGUCCAUCCAGGCGGUCACCAUCCAGUUCACCAAGGAGCCCAAGUCCCAAGAUGCCUUGCAUGGCCGCAGUGCAAUGCUGCGCUGCGAGGUCGGCGAUCCAGCCGACAUCACGUACAGCUGGCUUCACAAUGGCCAGUCCCUGGAAAAUGAUGAGAGGCGCUUCCAGGAGGGCAGCAACCUUAAGUUCAUCGCCGUUGAUCGCCGGCUGGACGCGGGGAACUUUGAAUGCGUCGCAGCAAAUACGGCUACUGGAGAGGUGCUCCACUCCACCAAUGCCUCCUUCAAUAUCAAGUGGUUAGAAAGUGGCGGUGUGACGUUGAAGGAGCCUCUUUUUGAAGGGGACAUUGAAAGUUCUACGUCAGUCACGUUGCGCUGCCAUAUCGACGGACACCCACGGCCAACAUGUCAGUGGUUCAAAGAUGGAGUAAAGCUGACAGAGAAAAGCCAUCAGAUCAACAACAAGGAGCGGACGUUCACCAUCAAGACUGCCAGUCCAGACGACAAUGGUCUUUACUAUUGCUGCGCCAAAAAUGCUGCAGGACACGUAUGCAGCAACAGCAACUUUACGCUCAACAUUAUAGAUAAGAGCUUUCCUCAGCCUGUGGUCACUCCUGAGGACCAGGUGGUGUUGAGGAACGAGGAGGCCGUGUUCCACUGCCAGUUUACUGCAGAGCCUGCCCCCAUGUUGGAGUGGUACCAUGAGAAUGAACUGCUGACAAAUAAGUCUCGAGUGAUCCUGAUGGCCAAUGGGACACUGCUGAUCACACAAGUCAAACCCAGGAACACUGGAACCUACAAGUGUGUUGGCCGUGGCCUCAGAGGAUCCCAUGUUACACUGGAGACCUCACUCCUCAUAGCUGAGAUAGAAGACAUGGUGCCCAAAAUGUCAAAGGUGUUGACCGCGGAUGACCUGCAGCGAGUGGCCUGUCGUCCCCCACGGGGCAGGCCUAGCCCCGAGGUGUGGUGGGAGAGAGAAGGUCAACGGGUGCCUACAGAGGGCAGGGUGUACCAAGACGGCCUGAAUCUGGUCUUUGGUCCAGCAGAAGAGGGCGAUUCAGGCACCUACACCUGUGUGGCCCAGAACAAGGCCGGACGCAAGACGCAGCAGGUCACCUUCACUGUGGCCACUGCUCCUGUGUGGGUAAUUAAACCUCAGGACAGUAAUUUAGAGGAAGGUAAACCAGGUUACCUUCACUGUCACGCUCAGGCCAACCCUCAACCUGAAGUCACCUGGCUCCGCAACAACAUCAUUAUCACAUCUGAGGAUUCUCGUUUUAAGUUGUUUCCUAAUGGCACCCUCAGAAUCAACAACGUGGAGGUAUAUGAUGCUCACAUGUAUGGCUGCGAAACCAAGACUGCAGGCGGCCGACUGUCUGGCCAAGCUAGAGUCACUGUGCUCGAGAAGCUGAAAUUCACGCCGACCCCCCAACCUUCCCAGUGCUUGGAACUGGAUAAGGAGAUCACUAUCCAGUGCUCGGCUAAAGGCAGAGAGAGCCCCACAAUCCGCUGGACCAAAGCAGAUGGAGGAGAGCUGCCACCUCACGUGGAGCAGAGGAACGGUCAGCUCCACUUUACCAAAGUUACCCGCAGCGACGCUGGUAAUUACACCUGUAUCGCCUCCAACAGCGUGCAGGGAGAGAUCAGAGCCUUGGUGACCCUCACUGUAGCAGUGUACAUUCGUUUUAAGGUGGAACCAGACAAUACGACUGUAUACCAGGGUCACACAGCCAUCCUGCACUGCCAGGUCACUGGUGACCCUGAGCCACACAUCCACUGGAUGGCUAAAGACAAGGCGCUGGACAUCAGUAAGAACAGGAGGUUUCAGAAGAUGCCCAACGGCUCCUUGGUGAUCACAGAUGUCACCACAGAUGACACAGGCAGGUAUACUUGUGUGGCCGGAAACAGCUGCAGCAUCAAAGACCGUGUGGCUCAGCUGUAUGUAGUGGCAGACAAACCAGUGCACUUCCACGAAGGAGAAGAUGACAAGGCUCCGUACAAGAUGAUCCAAACUAUCGGCCUGUCAGUGGGGGCGGCUGUGGCUUACAUCAUUGUAGUGCUGGGACUCAUGUUCUACUGCAAAAAGAGACGCAACGCCAAAAGACUGCAGAAGGGCCAAGACGGAGAGGAGCCUGAGAUGGAGUGUCUUAAUGGAGGCGCUGUUCAACAGAACGGCCACACCACAGCUGAGAUCCAGGAGGAGGUGGCGCUCACCAACAUGGGCACCAUUGCAUCAACUGAGAAACGCCACAGCCACGCCAACGAUAAGCCUCACUUUCCUCGCACAAACCUUCAGACUAUUACUACUUUAGGCAAAGGGGAGUUCGGUGAGGUGCUGCUAUGCAAAGCUAAAGGUAUCGAGGAGGGUGAGGAGGAGACGGUGGUGCUGGUGAAGAGUCUGCAGUCCAGAGAUGAACAGCUGCAGCUCGACUUCCGCCGCGAAGCUGAAAUGUUCACUAAGCUCAGCCACCCCAAUGUAGUCCAACUGUUGGGCCUCUGCAGAGAGGCAGAGCCGCACUACACAAUUCUGGAGUACUACGACCUGGGAGAUCUGAAGCAGUUCCUCAGAAUUUCCAAAAGCAAAGAUGACAAGGUCAAAUCUCAGCCCCUCAGCACCAAGACUAAAGUUUCCAUCUGUGUGCAGGUGGCUCGCGGCAUGGAGCAUCUGUCAAAUCAUCGCUUUGUUCACAAAGACCUUGCUGCCCGAAACUGUCUGAUAAACAGUCAGAGGCGGGUUAAAGUGUCUUCACUCAGUCUCAGCAAGGACGUCUACAACAGUGAGUAUUACCACUACAGACAGGCGUGGAUCCCGUUGCGCUGGCUCCCAACUGAGUCUGUGUUUGAGGAUGACUUCUCCACCAAGUCUGAUGUGUGGGCCUUCGGAGUGUUAAUGUGGGAAGUGUUCAGUCAUGGGGACAUGCCAUACAGCAAACUCAGUGAUGAUGAGGUGCUGGAAGGACUGAAGAUGGGGAAGCUGAAGCUACCUGUUCCAGACGGAUGCCCUUCCAAGAUCUACAAGCUCAUGGUCCGCUGCUGGGCGCUUGGCCUCAAGGAGCGUCCCUCCUUCACUGAUAUCGUCCACGCUCUGGGGGAGCUGCCAUCUGACAGCAAAGUCUGAGAUAAUGCACAGCAGAGUGGAACUUUUACCACCCCCUCUCCCCAAGUAAAGACAGGGAUGCUGGAUUAUUAGUCUUGAACAUUUCAGGGAAGGCUGAAGAAGAAACAUUUUUUUUAUAUGCAUUUCAAAUCAGUGUGUGGAUUAGACUUCUUUGCUAUAUCAGUGGAAACACACUCGCAUUUGUGUGAAUGGCUUCAUGUGAGCAGUGCCAGGAGCACGGACAGCCCCCUUUCCAGCCUGUGUGCAGUUCCACCGUGACCCCUGCCCAUCUGCAGCUGCUCCGUCUCAGACACUUUGUUUCACGGAGCCUCACAGCCUCAGUGCCUCUACCCCUCUACACAUACUCACCUUUACUGUUAGUAAGGAUGAUGGACACAGUGGGGAAAAAAGGCUGAAAUGUUUGUUCUCUCAUUUCCUCUUUGUUUUCUCCUAAAGCCAGAGCGAACAUUGAGUGAAAAGUGAGAUCAUUUUAACUGGCUUGCUUUAGACUAUAUUCAGUUUCAUCUGUACUGCCCUAAUUUCCCUGGAGUGUGUGUGUGUGUGUGUGUGUGUGUGUGUGUGUGUGUGUGCACGCGCGCAUGUAACUAUUUCAUGCUGCGGUAGAAGUACAAAGAAAUGGAGCAAGGUUUGCAUGAAGGUUUGUUGUCUGUUACGCUUCUGACCAGGAAUCUAAUCCAUGUUACAGUAACACUUCAGGAACACAAAAAAAGAAAAAUGAUUAAGUUUUAUAGCCAAGGAAUAUAAUGAAUGAAUGAGUAUGUGCCACUGUUGGCUUUAUACAUUUUUAUAUAUGUGUUCUUUUUUUUUAACUUUCAGGUGCUUAUUUGUGUCUACUGGUGGGUAAGAAUGCCCAUCAUACUAACAUCAUGUCAACUCAGUUGCAGGGAUUCAGCCUUUCACCAAGUUUAACCUGCGACCAGCAUCCUCAGAGGUCCAAUCACGAUUUCUCUCCAUUACACCAGGCAAUGUGUACAUAAUGUAGAAGCCAUGCACUAACUUCACUUAAAAGAAUAUCCGCUUUAUUUCUAUCAUGUUGCAUAGAAAGACAUGCAGGUGCCUGUUUAUUUAUGAAGAAGGUCCUGUUUUGUUUUGUUUUGUUUUGUUUUUAACUGUUUAUAAUAGUAUGGUACUUCUGUGAGGUAGUUAUGCUCUGUAUUUGUUCUCAUGGUCCAUCUCCGUGUGCAUUCAGUUUGUUAUCCAGCUGUUUAUGCUAACACCGAGUACAAAGUACAAAGUAGGUCAAAACGGUGACUAACGGUCACUAGUACUCAUUUAAGUGCCUGGUAAAUGAAGGAUUGUCUCAACAGCUUCCCUUUUUUUUACAUCUAAUCAAUUGCAAUGGCCUUUGUACAUGAACUUGUUUUAUAUGUUUUUAGUAUAAUAUUAUGAUGUUGGUUUUUGUUUUUUUAAUUCUAGGCUCUCACACCUAGACCUUUUUUGUUUUUAAAAUCUGCUCAGCAAUGUUCAUAGUAAUCACAAAUAUAUUCAAAAGUAUACAUGCUGCUGUCAAUAAAGGUUCACAGUGUUUUUA